CAAGGUCUUUCCAUGUUGCUUAGGCUGGCCUUGAACCUCGUAGGUCCAAGUGAUCCACCUCUGAGUACUGGGAAGACAGGUGUGUCCCAUCACCCCUACUUUCAAGUGUUCUUGAUACAAAAUUUAUACUUUUAAACAUUUUAAGAAAACUUACGAUGAAAAGUGAGAAAAGGAAAAAUAUUAAUUAAUACUAAUAUUAGUUGGGUUUUGUGGAAUUUUUCAUUUGCUUUGAUGGGAAUGGGGUAUUUGGAUUUGCUUUCGAUGGAUUUAAUAUUGAGGUUAGUAAGACCAAAUUAAGAGACGCCUGCCUGCACUGUACUUUGAGUCUUCAGAUCACCAGGUCUAAUCUGGUUUCAUAACUUGUCCCCACUUCCUCUGGCUAGUGAUUUGAUAUAAUUCUUUGUCUAAUAAUGUAACUGAUGGAUGAAAGAGCAUAUUUAGGUCAAUAUAAAAUGAGAGCUAGCAUUUACUGAGAGCUUACUGUAUGCCAGGCAUCAUUCUAAGUGUUUCAAUGUGUAUAAAUGCCCCUUACCACACUGUGAGGUAAGUAUUAAUAACCUCCUCUUACAGAUGAUAAACAGAGCCACAAAGAAGUAAAGUCAUUAAUUAGGAUUAAAAUUAGGAUCAGCCAAGAUCAAACCACAAAAUAAAUUGGCAGUUUGAACCCAGAGCUAGUGCACCUGAACUCUGCCUAUGCUGUGAACCAUGCAGUCUUGAGAAGGCUUCUAUGUUUUUUACAUCCUUCAUUCAGGGUCUUUUGAUUACACACAAUUUCACCAUGUUUUCCAAGCUAAAGAAACUCACUGAAAGCAUCUAAAACAAUGACUUUUUCUCACUCCACAUUGACAGUCUAAUGCAUUCUGACAGCGGAAACAACUGUGGUGAAUGUUUUCUGGAGGGUCCAGGAACCACAUUGUCCCCUUUGUCUCUCUCUGCCAGGUGCUCCAGUUAUGGAGAUUCUGGCCCUAGUGUCAGCAUAGCACAUGCCGGGGGCACACAACACAACAGACCCGCGCUUCAGGCAGAGACUGUUUUGAUGUCUGGGAUUCACUGCGGUUAUUCUGUAGCUUUAGGAAUGAAUACAAGGAACAUAUGUCAUUCAAGAAACGUGCCUUAAGCACUACUCCAUCUUUACAAUUAAGGAGUCAAAAUGGGAGACCGUACAUCUGGUCGGUUAGAGAGUCAGCAGGGUAUUUGGGGAAAUGAGAAUUAAAGCCCAAGGGCUUUAGUCAGAGAAGCUGCAUCUUAAUGAAGUCUACAAACCUUAGGCGGUUCCUUUAAGCUGUGGAGCUGCGGCUUCCCGGACGUGGAAGAAUGGCACGCCUCUAGCCUCUGUCACCUGUGACGACGCUAAGCGUGGGGGUGGUUUCUGGGUGGGGCUGCGCCUGCGCUGCGUGGAAGCUUCGCCAACGCUUGCGCUGUGGAAGCUUCCCAUGGUCCCGCGCGUGCGUACUGCCGCUGCGUCCCCAUCCCCCCCCCCCCCCCCUCCGCGCGCCUUUCACACCCCGGGCGUGAGACAUGGUGUUGUCGGAGCUGGCGGCGCGCCUUAAUUGCACUGAGUACAAAAACUGGGUGAAGGCAGGACACUGCCUGCUACUGCUGCGCGGCUGCCUGCAGGGCUUCGUCGGCCGCGAGGUGCUCUCCUUCCAUCGCGGACUGCUCGCUGCAGUUCCCGGCCUUGGUCCCCACGCCACCUGCCGCGGCGGCUCCCGGUGCAGCCCGCGCGCUCGCCAGUUUCAGCCUCACUGUCAAGUGUGCACAGAGUGGAAACGCGAGAUCUUGAGGCAUCAUGUCAACAGAAAUGGAGACGUGCACUGGGGAAACUGCCGGCCUGGCCUCUGGCCCGUGGACGCUUGGGAGGUAGCCAAGGCCUUCAUGCCUCGAGGACUGGCAGACAAACGAGGACCUGAGGAAUGUGAUGCAGUUGCUCUAUUGAGUCUCAUCAACUCCUGCGAUCACUUCAUGGUUGACCGGAAGAAAGUCACAGAGGUAAUUCGGUGUCGGAACGAGAUAAUGCACUCUUCAGAGAUGAAAGUAUCUUCUACGUGGCUUCAAGAUUUUCAGAUAAAGAUCCAAAAUUUUCUCAAUGAAUUCAAGAAUAUUCCAGAGAUUGUAGCAGUAUAUUCCAGAAUAGAACAGCUGCUGACAUCUGACUGGGCUGUUCACAUUCCUGAGGAGGAUGAAAGAGAUGGGUGUGAAUUUGAAACAGGAAGUUACUUGAGUGUGAGCCAAAUCCAUGAAAUUGAAACGGAAUUGUUGAAGGAAAAACUGCAAGAGAUGUAUCUUCAAGCAGCCACAGAAGAGGUGUUGCCAGAAGAGAUCUCAAAUCGACUGGAUGUGGUAAAAGCAUUUCUGGAAAACAACACAGAUCUCAGAAAUGGCCUUACAGAAGAUGUGCAGAAGCUAGACAGCCUCCAUCUCCAGCAUCAGAAACAGACUUCAAAGGAUGCUGAGAGACAGCUACCUGAAAGGAAGCCUUGAGGUCAAUGGAAUUAGACUUCUUCGGGUCAACUCGGGACUUUGCUGUAUUCCCAAAACUGCAUAGAAGAAACACUCCAUGCAAACAUGAGUUCGCUCCUUCACCUGUCAGCUGCCUGCCCAAGAUUGAAUCUGCAGAGACUGGCUGGAGAGAGACUGUAUUUGGCCUAUAUUUUGACUUUGGAACCCAUGUGAAUGCAAAUGUGCCUGCAGCUUGGUGGUUUCAUUUCCUGGUUGCUGUUUGCUUUUAGUCUUACCUUUUCUUUCUCCCUUCAUUGUUCUCCCUUCUCAAGAGUAAAACAAACAACAACAACAAAAAAACCUUAAUGAAAUACCUCCUUUCUAGAUCAGAGGACUCUUGAUUCACUAACUCACAAAGACCUGGUUUCUAACUAGAAAGCUAAGAUCUGAACCUUGCCGAGUGGUGGUGGCGCGCGCCUUUAAUCCCAGCACUUGAGAGGCAGAGG